CUUCGAGCUAGCCCAUUGGCUAGCCUAUUAUCACGCGGGCCUUCAAUUACAGGUACAAACCAAAGGUUACCCACUCCGUGUAAAAGGGGGUUGCACCCGUCUGAGGAUGAACUGACUGGCCCUCUCAUUUGUUGCAGAGUAAAAUCUUUGGGUCGAUGGCUUGCGUCCACUCGAACGCGGUGGCUCAUCCUCUCCGCUCAUUCCUCCGCCGGCAAACAUUGCUUCAACACUCAUGUCAAUUCCGCCGUCUCCUCACCUCCACGAGCCUCAAUACCUUACCCCCCAAUCACCGUGAACGUCCGGUUCAGCCGAUUUUGCGUAGCCUCGACGAAGUUUCUCUUCAAAGGCGAAAGAAGCAGCAGUAGCAUCUCGCAAUCGGAAUUAAAAAUAGUGGAGUAUCCUGACCCUAUAUUGAGACCAAGGAACAAACGAGUUAACAUGUUUGAUGAGAGCUUGAAAAACCUUGUGGCGGAGAUGUUUAUAUUAAUAAUGGAUGGCGUUUGGCUCUCGGCACCCCAAAUUGGAAUUAAUGUCGAGCUAAUGGUCUUCAAUCCAGUCGGUGAACAUGGUGAAGGAGAAGAGAUUGUUCUUGUAAAUCCACAAAUCAAGAGAUUUUCAAGAAAGAUUGUGCCUUUUAACGAGGGCUGUUUAUCUUUCCUUGGAAUUUACGCUGAUGUUGAAAGACCAGAUGCAUUGCAAGUGGGUGCACAGGAUAUAACUGGUGGAAGGUUUGAAGUUAACUUGACCGGGCUUCAUGCACGGGGAAUUUUGUUUUUUGACCGAAUGAGUGAUGAAGUCCUCGAAACUGUUCGUGCAGAGUUAGAGCAAGUGAUCAGUACAUUUGGCACAUUUGGAAAUAAUUUCUCAAAUAUUCCUCCUCAACGGGCCUUGGAAAAGAAAUAUGAGGAGACAACUGGAUUGCCAAGUCCUGAAAGAAUUGACAAGCGAAGAAGAAAGAAGGAAGCUUUUGGGUUUGGAAAACAA